GGCAGUUAUCGUAGUGAAUCCUUGUCGGUGCAGAUGUAGCGCGAGGCCGCGUCUUGGUUCGAGCUGUAGCCAUAAGUUAGGGCUGGUGAUAACAUCAAACGCUGCCUUGAACGAACAACCCAAAUCCAUCGUGUAGGACAUUCUCAGGUAGCUCGUUUCCUCAUGUUCUAACCUGCCUCACGCCUCCAAGAUGCCUCCUGCACCCAGCACCAAGGGGACAGGUAAGAAAGGCGCUGGAGCCAAGGUCCAACGGAGCCGCAACACAACGCCCAUUACAGGCCCCCCGCCUGGGACGACCACCAGCAUCCCGCCCGUCGAGACCAUCGAUGCCGAGUUCCUGGAAAUCAAACUUGAAUCCAUCCGCAGCAUCACGUAUGAAGACUUAGCCGAUUCGAACGCCUCCAAUGCCGUCAUACCGGAUUCCAAGAGCCUCGACGGCCUCAUAACGCGAUUGGGCAGGCUCCAUGAAAUAAUCGAGAACCGGGGCUCAAAUUGUGAUAAGGGAAUGCGCCUGGUGGCAGGGCUGAGAAAAGCACACUUUGAUGAGAUGGCAGCUAGUAGUAGAAGAGAUGACGAGAAGAUGCGGGAUGAUGAGGAUAGAGACAAACGAGCCAACAAGAAAAAGAGAAAAGCAAAUGACAGUCUUGCGCCUCAGGAAACCAACACUGAUCGUUCGUCGCCAUUACGAGAGUCGAGUAGCAAGCCACGCAAGCUUUCUCGUGAUUCCACGAGCUCCUCUCUCUCACCUGUCGCCAAAGAAACCCCCAGCGCCAUGGAGGUAGACGAGAAGGCGAAGCUUGAAGACAAAGACGAUGACGAGUCGAGCUCAGAGGAUGAGGGCGCGCCUCCCCGUCGCGAAGCACCGCAAUUCCAGACGUUCGGUGAGGACCCGUCCACCUUUCCCGACCCUACAGUCUACGAAAUCCGACCGACGAACUCGAGCAUGACGACGGACGAGCUGAAAGAGAUCUUCUCGGUCGCCGUGUACCCCGAAACAGACCUUGCAGACCAGAUUGCUGGCGACCCUCCCGACAAAGACUUCAGCAAUGGCAAGGCUUCUAAUCAAAUCAACUUCAGCUCCUUCACGACCUACGUCGAUCCAUAUUUUCGGCCUUUCGCUGAGGAAGAUCUCGCCUUUCUUAGAGAGCGAGGCGAUCGGUUCAUACCGUUUGUCAUGCCUAAGAGGGGCAAGCGGCACUAUUCCGAAAUCUGGGCCGAAGAAGACGGCGCCAUGUCUAUUGACUCGAGUCCGCAGGGCAGGGAUAAGUUGCCUCCCAACCAGGCUCGGGGCAGCAUCGACAAUAUUGACGACGACGUUGCAGAAACCGACAAGCUAUCUGUGGGGCCAAUUCUUUCACGGCUGCUCAUGGCUAUGCGCCCAGAGGCUAGGGCUCCUCCAGCCGAGGACAAGGUGAUGACGAAUGGUGUCAAUGGCGACGCUGAAACUAAGGAUGAAGCUGCUGGCGAACCUAGUGGGCCCACGAAUGGCGAGGAAAAUAAGAGUCUUCCUCCCGCCUCGUUCAUGCCCGAGUCAUCGAGUGAAGCGUGGAAGAAAGCCACCCAUCCCAAGCUUGACUACAACCAAGUGGACGAACGCAUUAAGCAGGAGCUGCGCCACAUUGGUUUCUUGCCCCAGGAAGGCUUCGAGGGCGACUACGACGGCCAUUAUGACGAUGAGGUGGCAGCCCGUCUACGACUGUUACAAGAGCGCCUCAAAGAUCAAAUGCUCAUCAACGGUGCGCGCAAGGCACGACUUACUGAGCUGGUCAAGGAGCGCAUGGCCCACCAAGAAUAUCAAACAAUUCUUGAAGAUCUUGACACACAGGUGCAGGGGGCAUACCUCAAGCGCACGCGGACCAUGGGCAAAUCUAAGAAGGCGAAACGCCCUGGCGGUGCAGGCGGUGGCAGUCAUCCAGCUGGUAGUGCCGCGGCGGGUAUGGCCCGACCGGGCAUCGGCGACGUAACCAAGACACUAAUGGAACGUCGGCGGCGGUGGAUCGAGAACAUCGGCACUGUGUUUGACGACGAGAACCUGGGCAAGGUGCCGCGGGCGACGGAUCCCGAUAGCACUAUCUUCAAGCCGGCGAUGAUGGCGGAACUCAUGAAGGCCGAACGUCAAGCUUGGGAUGAGGAAGUCGAGGAGGAAUGAGUCUUAUUUAUGAUAGAGCACUUGAUUACGGUAAUGACAAAAGGGUAGUGUCAUCAGGAUUAGGUAACGAUACCAUGGAUCGGCGUUGGGAGUUCACAUGGAGGGGAUACAGCACAACUCUACAGUUUUUAUAUUCGGAAGACCGCCGCAGCUUUUGAUAGCUGUCCUUGGGUGUCAAGCAUUGCAAAUAAUCAACAAGAUGAAUCAUUGAUUCAUCUGUAUACCCAAUUGCGCUAUCAUGAACUGGAAUGCAGGUAUACCAUCGAGACACCUCCCUACAUCCAUGCGAGAGCAGAACAUGACUUCGGACUUAUUAUCGCCGAUAUCAUUCUCCCUACGUCGUUGGGCUCUUGGACCCCAUUCUAUACGAGUAGUGUUAUCAGACUUCCCAAGAGCCAUGCGGG